AUGGGCAUAGGAGGAUCUAAGAUGUGGGGAUGGCUCUCCCUGCUCAUGAAGCAGAAGGAGAUGCGUAUUCUGAUGGUUGGUCUUGAUGCUGCCGGAAAGACCACCAUUUUGUAUAAGCUCAAGCUGGGCGAGGUCGUCACUACCAUCCCGACCAUUGGCUUUAACGUCGAAACCGUCGAGUACCGGAACAUCCAGUUCACCGUGUGGGAUGUCGGUGGCCAGGACAAGAUCCGUCCUCUGUGGAGACAUUACUUCCAGAACACCCAGGGUAUCAUUUUCGUCGUCGACAGUAACGAUCGUGAUCGUGUGCCCGAGGCUCGCGAAGAGCUGCAGCGCAUGCUGAACGAGGACGAGCUGAGGGACGCCCUUCUCUUGGUUUUCGCCAACAAGCAGGAUCUGCCGAAUGCCAUGAGCGUUGCCGAGAUCACAGACAAGCUCGGUCUCCACAGCCUGCGGCAACGCACCUGGUACAUCCAAUCCACUUGCGCCACCUCGGGUGACGGUCUCUUCGAGGGUCUCGACUGGCUUGCCCAGGAAAUCAAGUCGAGAAACUAA